AUGCUUCGAAUCCUACAAGAUAUUAGAUUGGUACUACAUCAUGUGACAGUGACAAUAGGUGUCGAAGUGUGCUUUACAGAGGAUGACAUAAGGCAACGUCCGAAACAAACGGAUGUCUUUGACUACUGCCCAUUUGAACCUCCUGACCCAUGGCAUGAGUCUGUUGCGAAAUAUGUUGACGUGAAACUUGGCUUUAAA